AUGCAGACUUCUCUCUUUUUGGCCGCUGCCCUGGCUGCGGUUGUGCCCGCAUUCGCCUAUGAAGUCGGAACCGGCUCUUGCUGCACCGCUCAGCUCAAGGCUUGCCACGAGCAGGGUGCUGACGCUUGCAUCUGGACCAACGCGGCCAUUUGCGUCAACAACCCUAAGAACUCUGUUCCCAUUGACGAGACUUGCAACGAGCAGUGCCCAACUGCAUCUGUCAAGACUCCGGAUGGAUUCAUCUACAAGUUCCAAAAGCAUGCCGCUCCCGCCGGCACCUGUGUUUGCAGUAACACUAACCCGAACGUUGGAAAGUACUGCUAUGGGCGAAAGAGGGACCAGUUUUGA